AGUGGCCAAGACUGAUAAGUUAUAAUUACUUCGUUUGAUAUACGUCGCAGUAAAACGUGAAAAAAUUCUAAAAGGUGAAAUCAUAAUGAUGAUGCAUUAACGAGUUUGAAAGAAUCACUAUAAAAGAAAAACUCUUAUCAAUCGAUUCCGCAGUACCUAUUUAUCGGAUGUUUUUUGCACUGGUGUGACAUUAUACGGUGGUUGUGUAUUUGAUGCUUCCAGUUUUAAGGUACAAGAAAGAACCGUCUUCAACGAAAAAUGAAGUACACAAUAUUACUUCCAUUGCUGUUCAUUUUGCAACACAUUGCAAUUAAAGGAGCCAACGAUGUCCUAGAAGGCAAAUACAGAAUCGACAUAACCGGACGUCCUGCCACCAUUUUCCCACCAUUACAAAACUACAACGUAAAGUUAACCAAACAAGGCUCAGGAAAAGAUUACCCAGUAGCAGUUUCACGCCACCACAUCAUCCCCUUCAAUCACCUCACAAAAUUCUACAAUAAAUUGGUACAGAAAGGCGAAGCUUCUAAAUUACGAUCAUUCUUGACCAAGUUCGACGAAAAAUUCGGUCAAUUUUACCGCCAAAAAGCUGUAAAUGAGGGAAAUAAAAACAAAUACGAUAGCACCAUUCAAAACGUGCAUAAAUUCAUUCAGGGAUUAUAUUAUAAUAAAAUCGUGUACGAUUCUAGUGCCAGAAGACCUGAAAAUUUCGACGAAUUCCAAGGAUAUUAUGCUUGGUUACCUGGAAAUUUAUUCAUUGGUCCUAAUAAACGUAGUGAUGAUCCUCACGAAGGGUUCGAGAAAAAUGCCAAAGUUAUUGUAGGAGCUAGACGAUUUGAGAAUUUGAAAAAUGUGUACGACUGGAUGCAAGCUUAUGUUGAUGGCAAGAAGGUAGAUUUCGAUAAGUUGUCGAAUGGAAUGAGAGAUAUUGCCAAUUUCUUAGAACCGCAAGCUUUGAAGAGCGGUGAUUGGGUGCGUAAUCAAGAUGGAAGCUAUAAAAUUAAAGCUUGAGGGAAUCGAAACCAAAAAUCCAAGAUGGCGAAGGUUUUAUUAAAAGAUAAUGUAUCAUAGUUACCUACCUAAUUAUCUACCAUUUAUUCUACUUACCUAUAUGGAAAUAUACUAAUUUUAAUUUUAUCAGCGUCUGUCUCAUCAAUAUACAAGUAGAACGAUGAACGAACACGUAUCUAGUAUUUUUAGAACAUGAUUUUUGACAAAAAAUAGUUCCAGGACCUACGUACUCUUGGAUGCACCAUUUUUUUCAACCUGUAAGUAAUUAUUGAACUUUAGUCCCAUAUACCAUACCUAAUCCAUAAAUCCAUGUUUUCUAAGCAAAAAAUUAUGCCAUGUUGAAUUUUUCUCAGGACAUAUUUUGCUAACACAACGAGGUAUUUUGAUGAAUAAGUUGUAUUAAGUAUUUAAUUUUAUAGCUACCCAUCGAUAUUUUUCUGUGCCUCAAUAAUGUGAGAAUACCUAACCAUUAAAUUUUUGCCAUGUA